AUGGAGCCGGCCCCCUCUGCCGACGCCGUGCUGCAGCCCCUGCUACCCGCCAACGCUUCGGACGCCUUCCCCAGCGCCAAUGCGUCGGGGCCGCCGGCCACCCGGAGCGCCUCGUCCCUCGCCCUGGCCAUCGCCAUCACCGCGCUCUACUCGGCCGUGUGCGCUGUGGGGCUGCUGGGGAACGUGCUGGUCAUGUUCGGCAUCGUCCGGUACACUAAGAUGAAGACAGCCACCAACAUCUACAUCUUCAACCUGGCCUUGGCGGAUGCCCUGGCCACCAGCACGUUGCCCUUCCAGAGUGCUAAGUACCUGAUGGAGACAUGGCCCUUUGGGGAGCUGCUCUGUAAGGCUGUGCUCUCCAUCGACUACUACAACAUGUUCACCAGCAUCUUCACCCUCACCAUGAUGAGCGUCGACCGCUACAUUGCCGUCUGCCACCCUGUCAAGGCCCUGGACUUCCGCACGCCCGCCAAGGCCAAGCUGAUCAACAUCUGCAUCUGGGUCCUGGCCUCGGGUGUGGGUGUCCCCAUCAUGGUCAUGGCUGUGACCCGCCCCCGGGACGGGGCUGUGGUGUGCAUGCUCCAGUUCCCCAGCCCCAGCUGGUACUGGGAUACCGUGACCAAGAUCUGCGUGUUCCUCUUCGCCUUCGUCGUGCCCAUCCUCAUCAUCACCGUGUGCUAUGGCCUGAUGCUGCUGCGCCUGCGCAGCGUGCGCCUGCUGUCGGGCUCCAAGGAGAAGGACCGCAGCCUGCGGCGCAUCACGCGCAUGGUGCUGGUGGUGGUGGGCGCCUUCGUGGUGUGCUGGGCGCCCAUCCACAUCUUCGUCAUCGUCUGGACGCUGGUGGACAUCGACCGCCGCGACCCGCUGGUGGUGGCCGCGCUGCACCUGUGCAUCGCGCUCGGCUACGCCAACAGCAGCCUCAACCCCGUGCUCUACGCCUUCCUCGACGAGAACUUCAAGCGCUGCUUCCGCCAGCUCUGCCGCACGCCCUGCGGCCGCCCGGAGCCCGGCAGCUUCAGCCGCGCCCGCGAGACCACGGCCCGUGAACGGGUCACCGCCUGCACCCCGUCCGACGGUCCCGGCGGGGGCGCCGCCGCCUAA